AUGCGCGUCAUGUAUCAGCAGCCUCACCUUGUCCCUCCCAUGAAGCUCACGGUGUUCGACGACCUGCCCCCGACUCCGACGCCAGCACUGCCUUCCCGAAUAACGCAAUGGGUAUCGCAGGGCAAGGUUUCGCUCAGAUCCAGCCUUUCUAUACGCAGACCUACACCGUCAAGACUACUCAUAUCCAGUCCUCGUCCACCGUUGCCGUCAGACGAGUCACUGCCCUUCCGCAGGCUGGCACAGGACUUCCGUCCUCUCGAGCUCAGCAUCUACAUGCCCGACAAUCGAUUGUCAGAUCUGCCCGAGUUCGACCGACUGAGUUUCACGGAGGUGGGCGAAAUCAAACCGCCACCUCGAGCUCUGGUGCGCACAAAGUCUGAAGAGGUCAUUUCCAACAAGCUGUCCAUGUUCCCUGCCCCCGUCAAACAUGCGUCGAUGAUGGAACGGAGUCGUAUGUCACAUGUGCGACCCGAUAUCUCUUCCACGGUGAUCUCAACCUCACGGCCACCUUCGGAGUACGACGCCCUUCAUUCGCAUCCUGUAUCGUGGGCAUCUUUUCCAGGAUUGCCUCCGCAAGCCCACAUUCCUGGUCGUUCAGAACCCUCUGUCACCGUCCUGACCCCUAUGCAAGAGGAGUUCAGUCCACCUAACACGUCCGUCACCGUCGGUGGUGUUUUGUUGGAAUUUCCAAAGGCUAUCGACCAACCAACAGUCUCUCCAGCUCAACCGGAGCUAGGCUCUCCGGCUGCAGAAGCUACGGCACCAUAUGUUCCCUCCGCCCUGGCUAGGAACUUCUCCAAACCAACGGACACAAAUGAUGCAACGGGAUAUUUCCAUCCCAAUUUCCAGACGCAAAAGCGUAUCUCCCAAUGGCUUGCCCACCGUCAGUCUUCUUCUAUCAGUACGACCAAGACAUCAUCAUCGGCAUCGGCAUCCUCUUUUGCGGAGCACCGUCGAAAACGAUCUCAGUUCUAUCAGCUCUCGGCAGCACCACCCAAAUGUUUGAACUUGUGGCCCCAUCACCACCACCAUCAUCGGACUAUGACUGAGUCGACGGUGGCUAGUACGGUCGAGACAGAUAUCUUGUCGUUUGAGAAUCAGAGUCUGACAGACACAAGUGUAGCUACUCCUACUGAUGCACAAAGUCGAAGUCUCACUGUCAGAAAUGCCUCCAAAGGAUUGAGACCCAUCAUGAGCGGGGUGCCGGAUAUUCCACCCAGCUACGUGGAGGUCCUCAAAGAAGUGGACGACGUGAUCAUCAGAGAGAUCGGUGGGCCCUUGAGGAGCCCAGGCGUUGGAGUUGCCUUUUGA